ACGAAAAAAAAAUUAUUGGUAGCAUCCUUCGUAGCAUCUCCAAUUAGAAAAAAUGGCAACUGCUCGCGCCGCCGUUAAGCAAAUCGACUGGUCUAAGCUUACUGUUAGCUUGCCCAAGGAAACUGUCGCUUCCCUCCAAGCUUUCCGUAAGCGUAAUGACGAAGCCAGACGUAUUCUCGAUGAAUUGAAGCAACAGAGAACCGAUGUCGACUUCGACCACUACCGCAAGGCUCUCAAGAACCAGUCCAUCAUUGACGAUGCCCAGAAGGCUCUUACUGGCUUCAAGGCCGCUACCUACAACGUUGAUGCCCAACUUAAGGCUAUUGACCAAUUCGAGGCUAAAGCUGUUGCCAAGGCUCAGAACACCGUUCAGCAGAUCGAUGCCGAGCUCAAGGACCUUAACGCCACUCUCGCCAACAUUGAGCAAUCUCGCCCCAUUGAGCACUUGACCGUUGACGAUAUCGUUGCUGCCAAGCCUGAGCUCAUCCAAGACGUCGAGAAGAGCCUCCAGAAGGGUCAAUUCACCGUUCCCGGUUACAAGGAGAAGUUCGGUGAUAUCAGCUACUUCUAAACGUCACCAUCAUUGCUGUCUAGAAAAGUUUGAAUUUUUUAUAAAACACACUUGCGUGUAUAUAAGCUUUAUCAACCGGACUGAUUUUUAC